AGUAUUUGGGUUCCCUUUGAUUGAAUUUUUCUCAGGAGACAAAGGAUAACAGUGGUAAACGGGUUUGAGUUAAAAAAUAGAAAGCAAGGACAGUGGAGUUUGUCAAUGGCUACUCUGAGCUUCACUUCAUCUCCUGCUGCUCUGCUGUUGAACAACAACGCCACCACUUAUCAUCUUCCUCGCUUCCUUUCCAUUUCCUCCUUCCCCAACCACAAGAGCGUUUGGAGACCCCAAGUGGCGCUGCUUCAUGUCAAGUGCUUAGCGAACAUACCCGAAAAGGAUGCAAUCUUGGAGGAAACCGAGGAAGAGCAGAACAAGUCUUUGUCUGAAUCUGAUUCUCUUGGAAGCAUUUCAGCAUACACUUGGUGUGCUGGGCUUGGUGCCCUGGGAUUUCUAGAGACCACCUAUUUGACUUAUCUCAAGUUGACUAAUUCUGAUGUGUUUUGUCCUCUUGGUUCUUCCUCUACUUCCUGUUCCAGCAUCCUCAACAGUCAAUACUCACUCCUUUUCGGUGUACCUCUUCCUUUGAUUGGAAUGAUUGCAUAUGGGUUAGUAACAAACCUUGCUUUGCAGUUAGCUGGUAAGGAGUUGCCAUUCAGAGUUAAUGAAACAAAUGGUCGUUUGAUAUUACUGGCCACAACUACGUCCAUGGCAACUGCUAGUACAUACUUCUUGUACGUGUUGAGCACAUCGUUUCCAGGAGAUUCAUGUGCAUACUGUUUGUUCUCAGCUCUAUUGUCAUUUGGCUUGCUCUUCACCACGUUAAAGGCUUCAGGAUUGCGAGAAGUGCAAAAUUAUGUUGGGCUGCAGCUAGUUUUAGCUGCCAUAGUUGUUACUGCUUUGAGCACCUCAUAUAGUAUCUCAUCUCCAGUCUCCACAAGCAUGGCUGAUACUAAUAUGCCAUUCUUCGCUACUGAAAUCACUACACAGUCAAGUCCUUUCACUCUCUCUCUUGCAAAGCAUCUACAGUCAAUAGGAGCUAAGAUGUAUGGAGCUUUCUGGUGUUCCCACUGUGUAGAACAAAAGCAGAUGUUUGGAAGUGAGGCAGCAAAGCUUUUGAAUUACACUGAAUGCUUCCCAGAUGGAUACAGAACUGGAGUUAAAAUCGACAAGGCAUGUGCAAAUGUUGGAAUUGAAGGUUUUCCAACCUGGGUAAUUAAUGGUCAGGUUUUGAGUGGAGAACUAGAGCUAUCAGAGCUUGCUCGGAUAUCUGGAUUUGAACAACCGAAUUAGAUUAGUAAUUUAUUCUUAAGUAUGUACAGCUCACAUAUAUCAAAAAGUUAAAGAUCCUCUUCAUUUACCGUACUUGUCCAACCUUUGAGAGUUUAAUAAAUGAAUAUUACUUAAGACAAUAAAUGAAAUCACUGUUACAAUUC